AUGUCGACCUUCAAGCUCAACUCUGGAUACGAUAUUCCCGUCGUCGGACUGGGAACAUGGCUAUCCAAACCACAUGAAGUCGAGAACGCCGUCGAACAUGCCCUCAAAACCGGAUAUCGCCAUAUUGACGCCGCUGCAUGCUACCUGAACGAGACCGAAGUGGGAAGUGGUUGGAAGAAAUCGGGCGUACCGCGCGAGGAGAUCUUUAUCACCAGCAAGCUGUGGAAUACGCACCAUCACCCAGAGAAUGUGGAAGAAGCCGUCAACAAGACCCUAAGCGAUCUCCAGACGGACUACCUCGAUUUGUACCUGGUCCACUGGCCAGUUGCAUUCGAACAUACCAACGAGACCCUUACCCCCCUAGACCCCGUCACCAAACGAUUCCGUCUAGCAGACGUCCCCAUCUCCGAUACAUGGGCAGCUCUUGAGAAGCUCGUCAAGGCGGGCAAAAUCCGCAGCAUCGGUGUGAGCAACCUCACUGUUGACAAGAUUCAGGAAUUGCUCCACACAGCAGAGAUUCCUCCUGCUGUGAACCAGAUCGAGGCGCAUCCUUAUUUGCAGCAGCCGGCGCUGUUCCAGUUUCUGAAGGAAAAGAACAUUCUGCCUGUUGCUUACAGCCCGCUUGGUAACAACAUUUACAACGCCCCGCGCGUCGUCGACGAUUCAACCGUUAUAGAAAUCGCAAAGAAGCUCGAAAAAGACCCAGCCGCAGUGUUGAUCUCCUGGGCCGUUCAGCGGGGAAGCUCUGUCCUACCAAAGAGCGUUACUCCGUCGCGGAUUGAAAGCAACUUUCAAGUCUUUACGAUCCCUAACGCCGAAUUUGAGACGCUUAAUCAACUCGACCGAAACCAGCGGUACAACUACCCAUUCCGCUGGGGAAUCGAUAUCUUUGGCGAGCUUGGCCCUGAGGAAGCCGAACGACGUGCUGAGGAGUUCGCUGCGAAGCAGAGGGAGAGUUCAUGA